CAUUCCCAAAAUAAACUCAACCUGGCAAUGUAUAUUUUUCUAUGCAUAAUUAUUCUUGUUAAGAUUUUUACAUUUAUGUUCAUGAGAGAUCAGUCUCUAAUUAUCUUGUCAGGUUUGUUAUCAAGAUCAUGCUGACAUCAAAACAAGUGAGGAUGUAUUCCUUCUUUUCUGGUUCUGGAAGUGUUUAUGUAAUUUGGUUAUUUUUUUCUUUAAACAUUUAGGCAAAAACUAUUUUGAUGAAAUACGUUAGAACUAGUGUUGCUUUAGAACUAAUGUUUUAAAACAUGUUUUGGAAAACAAUGAACUAGAGCAAGACUUAAACAUAAAAUAGUUAAUUCCUGUCAGUUUGAAUGCUCUUUUUAUUCAUUUCUUCCCUUAUGCAGCACCGAGCACUUCACUUUUUUCUUCCUGGCUGUGUGGAGUCGAGCUAAGUCACCACACAGCAAAGUGGUGAAGACAUUUGAAGCCUGAGCCUGGUCCUCAGGACCACGCUUUCUCUCUGUCACCAGGCAGCCUGCCCCAGCCCUGCCCAGUCAUUGCCACACUCCUCUGACGGAAUGAAUGUCCUUGAUGGUGUCCCCUUCAAGGUGCCUAAUGGCUUUGUGAUAGGCACAGAGCCCCUCCUUGGACCAGAGUUCAGUGUCCCAGCCUGCAGGGAGCUUCUGCUGGGUUCUAUGCACGACUUCAGCCUGGAGAGGAGGGCCCAUUUCUGGGUAGAGGCUGUCGUCCGGAGCCCCUGCCCCUCCCGGUGCGAUGUCCAGGGGACAGCGUCUGCCCCUCCUGCCUGGCUCCUGCUGGUCGGCCCCGAAGGCGCGCUGGUGCCCGCGCCUGCUGCAGCCAAAGGCCCUGGGGCCAUGCCUCAGGAGCUGCCCAAAGAGGAGGUGGAGGAGGAGGAGGGUCAGGACCAGGAAGAAGCCUCCUCUGCCGGCGAGGAGGAGCCGGAUCCCUGCGGCCCCCAGCCUGGCUGCCCGGCGAGCCCUGGCCCAGGCCGGAGCCGGUGCUCGCCCGACGUGCUGCACGGCGUGAGGUCUGAGCUGGCCGGGGCGCGGCGGCGCCUCUCCGAGGACAAACUGGCCGCCCGUCCCCGCGCGCUCCUGCCCCGCAUCCGCCAUCGGGCCCUGAGCCUCUGUCCCUGCCCCGCGCCGCCCCCGGGCCCCGCGCCCCGUCUGCCCAGUGUCCCGGCGCCGCCCCCGCGGCCCUCCACGGCCGGCGCCGUGCCCCCGCUGCGGAGCCACAAGCCCACCGUCGCGUCCCUUAGCCCGUACACCUGCCUGCCGCCUCCUGGAAGGACGCCACAGUCCCUUAGCACCCACAGAUCACACCCUGAUUCUGCUGACCUUUUGUCUGCCCUGAGCCAAGAGGAGCAAGACCUCAUCGGGCCAGUGGUCGCCCUGGGGUAUCCCCUGCAUAGGGCCAUCAGGGCUCUGCAGAAGACAGGGCGACAGAGCCUGAGCCAGUUUCUCAGUUACCUUAGUGCCUGUGACCGGCUGCUGCGGCAGGGCUACGAGGAGGGCCUGGUGGAGGAGGCCAUGGAGAUGUUCCAGUUCUCUGAGAGCCAGGCAGGGGAGUUCCUGCACCUCUGGGAACAGUUCAGCGACAUGGGCUUCCAGCAGGAACGCAUCAAGGAGGUGCUGCUGGUCCACGGCAACUGCCGUGAGCAAGCCCUGGAGGAGCUGGUGGCCUGUGCCCGGUGAUCGCGGAGCUAUUCCACCACACCUGGACAUCUCAGUCCUGGGCCGGACCUGGCAGUCCAUUCUAACUGGAUUAUUAAGACCACAUAACAAUAACAAAGUGAUACAUGCUUGUAAAAAUGCAAACCAUGCCAAGGGGUGAGAAUAAAUACCAUAGGGGAGGCAAAACUUUACCCAUUUUAGGUUUUCAUCUGGGACUCUAACAAAAAGACAGAUUAGCAAGAUAAAAAUAGUUUAUUAAUGCAUGCAGCACACAUCAUGCAGGAGAAACUUCAAUGAAAAGUAACUCAAAGCAGGAGUUUAGAAUUCCAGCUUAUAUAGCAUAUUUAACAAAGAAUAAUAAAUUUGUAGAGAAAUGACAGGACAAAGGAAAACAGUUUUAGGCUUCCAAGGAUGGCAACCUGUGGGAAAGUAUAUGGGAGGGAAAUACGGAGUAAGGUUUGUUUGCAGAUUCCUCUGGUGUAUCUCUGGGCUGGUAAGAAUCUGUCUCCAGAAAAGGACAAUUUUAUAUUUGGCCUUUAGGCAAAGAAGGGAGAAUGGUAGAGAGAACUUUUCCUGCAUUUACUGAUUUUUAAUUGCCUUCAGUUCAAAAUAACUUUUAUGUCAAAGAGCAUAUUUUGGGGAGACAUUCUCAUUUCCUUCAAUGACAAAAGAAUCAGUUGAAAGAGUUUGACAUAAUUGCCUGUGGGAAGGGGCAGCUGGGGGAGCAUGGAGGAGGAACUGUGUUUUUUCAUACAGUCCUGUAAAAUCACCUGCAUUGGAUUCUUUAAACUGUGUGCAUUAGUAAUUUUGAUUUAAAAAAAAUUAAAAUGAAUGAUGGGCAGAGACCUGUAGGCUUCAGAUCUUGGUGUGGAAAGAGCAUCUAACUACAGGUCAGGAGACCUAAUUUCUGAUUUUGGUUGAUUGAUGACUGGCUCAAGGCCUCUUUGGGCCUUAGUUCUCCCAGGAAAAGUGGAAAGACUGGACCUGGCUGCUAUCCAUAAGAAUCCUGGAUAAUGUGAUUCAGAAAGUCCAGCUUGGCAGUCCCUAGGAAACUGUUCUGUUUUUAUAAGAAGCUAUCUGAGGUUUCUUUUCUUUUCUUUAAAAAAAUUUUUUGUUGUUGUUGACUCAUUCCUCCCACCCCCAUCCCUGUCUCUGGCAACCACCAAUCUGUUCUCUGUAUCUAUGAUCUUGGUUUUUGUUUUG